UUCACUGAGGAGAAGUUCGGGCAGGCCGAGAAGACUGAGCUCGAUGCCCACUUCGAAAACCUCCUGGCACGCGCCGACAGCACCAAGAACUGGACGGAGCGCAUCCUGCGGCAGACGGAGGUGCUGCUGCAGCCCAACCCCAGUGCCCGCGUGGAGGAGUUCCUGUAUGAGAAGCUGGACAGGAAGGUGCCCUCGAGGGUCACCAACGGGGAGCUGCUGGCCCAGUACAUGGCCGAGGCGGCCAGCGAGCUGGGCGCUACCACGCCUUAUGGGAAGACGCUACUCAAGGUGUCGGAAGCUGAGAAGCGCCUGGGAGCCGCGGAGAGGGACUUCAUCCACACAGCCUCCAUCAGCUUCCUCACGCCUCUGCGCAACUUCCUGGAAGGGGAUUGGAAGACAAUUUCGAAGGAGAGGCGACUCCUCCAGAACCGGCGUCUGGACCUGGACGCCUGCAAAGCGCGGCUGAAGAAGGCCAAGGCCGCAGAAGCCAAAGCCACGUGUGAGGGAGAUACGGUGCCUGACUUUCAGGAGACUAGACCUCGUAAUUACAUUCUCUCGGCCAGCGCCUCCGCGACUCUGGAUGACACUUCCUGCCCCCUGCCCCGGGCCGAGUGGAAGGAGAAACAGCCUGGAGGGUGGAGGCCGCCCUGUUUUUUUCUUUUGCCACUGAGCCCCAGUGUGACUCAGGCCCGAGGCUGCCUUUCUCUGCCGGAGGACAGAAAGCUUUGGAAUGAUGAGGUGGACAAGGCCGAGCAGGAGCUCCGUGUGGCCCAGACGGAGUUCGACCGGCAGGCCGAAGUGACCCGGCUGCUGCUGGAGGGCAUCAGCAGCACUCACGUGAAUCACCUCCGCUGCCUCCAUGAGUUCGUCAAGUCGCAGACGACCUACUAUGCACAGUGCUACCGCCACAUGCUGGACCUGCAGAAGCAGCUGGGCAGCUCCCAGGGUGCCAUAUUCCCCGGCACGUUUGUGGGUACCACGGAGCCCGCCUCCCCACCCCUGAGCACCACCUCACCCACCACUGCCGCAGCCACCAUGCCCGUGGUACCCACAGUGGCCGGCUUGGCCACUUCCGGAGAGGCUGCGCUCUGCCUGGAGGAAGUCGCACCCCCGGCUAGCGGGACCCGAAAAGCCCGGGUGCUCUACGACUACGAGGCAGCUGACAGCAGCGAGCUGGCCCUGCUGGCUGACGAGCUCAUCACAGUCUACAGCCUGCCUGGCAUGGACCCCGACUGGCUCAUUGGCGAGAGAGGCAACAAGAAGGGGAAGGUGCCUGUCACCUACUUGGAACUGCUCAGCUGAGCAGGCCCCCAGAACCCUGCCACUUGUCUCUGGAAGAUGCCCACGGCGGGGAGACCAGCCCCAUUCCGCCUGUGCCCCCGUCCUUCUGCAGGGAGGGAGCCCGACAGGCCCCGGGCCUGGCCUGGUCCCUCCACCUGUCCCGCUUCUGACCUGUGGUUUGGAGCCUGGCCUGCUGCACCCCUGCACACCAGCACCCCCGGCCCCCUGGGGUGGGAGGGAUGCAGUGCUGGAACCCUUGGCAAGAGAGCACCUGUCUUAGCUGCCAAAGGCUGAGGGGCAGCAGCAAAGCAGGCAGGACCCUGGCAGCUGAGGGCUGGGUGCUGCCCAGGAGAGGCCAGCCUGGCAGGAGAUGGGUUGGCCCAGGAGCAGCGCCUGCCUGGUGCUACCCAUCCCCUCCCACUCAGCAGCUCCCAGUUUGAGUCGCGCGUGGCUGCAGCCUUCUCUACACUCACUUUUUAACUGCUCUUUUUACUUCUGCCUGUCUGCUUGCUCUGGCCAACAGCAAAUAAACCCUCCUUUGUGUGCUUUGCA